AUGAGCGCUCUGGAGGGGCAGCAGCCCCCCAACGCGCACGAGAUACUGGACGUGGCCGCCGUCUACUGCGAGAACCUCAGCCUCUUCCAGCCCCCUCACGCGCAGAGACCCCAAGCCCACCCCGGAGGUUACAGCCUGGGGGAAUCGGGCGGCGUGGGCGGCGGCACCCCUUACCUGUGGCUCAAUGGGUCAGCCAUGCCGCCCAACCCUUACCUAGCCGGGCCCAACGGGGCUGUUGCCGCCUCCGCCUCCUUCCUGCCCUCGGCCUAUGGGGCUGGCGCCCGGCAGCUCCUGGCUGCCCCUUCGGCAGGGACCGACCUCAACUGGCUCUCCCUGGCCGGGCAGCAGGACUUCUUCAAGCUGGUGCGGCCCCCUUACUCCUACUCGGCGCUCAUCGCCAUGGCCAUCCAAAGCGCGCCGGACAAGAAGCUCACCUUGAGCCAGAUCUACCAGUACGUGGCCGGCAACUUCCCUUUCUAUAAGAAGAGCAAGGCCGGCUGGCAGAACUCUAUCCGCCACAACCUCUCCCUCAACGACUGCUUCAAGAAGGUGCCCAGGAACGACGACGAUCCAGGUAAAGGCAAUUAUUGGACCCUGGAUCCUAACUGUGAGAAGAUGUUUGAUAAUGGCAACUUCAGGAGGAAGAGGAAAAGGCGAUCUGACCUAGCUAAUGGGUCUGGAGCCCCUAACAAAGUGGAAGACAAAAGCAAGAGCUGCAUUGCCCAACAAGCCCCAGAACUCCAUAACUUGGGCUCUGCUGAAUUGCUGUGCUCUUCUAGUCCUAUGAAUGAUUGCAGAUCCCCCAGCCUGAACUCUAGCCAUUGUUUCUCCAUGUGUGUCUCCACCAUGAAUGCUGUGGCCCAUGGCCGAAAUGGCUUUCCCAGGCAGCUUUCUGGGGGGCCAGGUGCCGAAUUGACACCUGGGAGGCAGAAUGGGCCAGGCUUGAGCUCUUGCCCUGCCUCCAACAGCAACCCAGUUUCAGGAUUCGAACUCAGUUCUCAAUCCCACUCUAGGAUGAAUUACUAUCCGGGUGCCAGUGGACAGUCAAGCUGGCUCAGUACCCCCGUCCUGGGCACUUUCAGUGUGAACAAUCUGAUUUAUGGCAGAGAAGGGACAGAAGUUUAA